CUGAACACUGGAGAAGCAAAGAUCAGCAUCUUCAGACUCAGCAUCUCCUGGUCCAUGCCAAUAACUGCAGUCAUGAAUGUAGGUAUCUGUGUGUGUGUUGUUCUCCUGGCUGCUCUGUCCAGCGGUUCCUUGAAUUUGCCCUCACAGUCCAUGUCCCUGAGAGACGAGGGUGAGGCUCUCAUGUCAGACAGCCUGCAUCCCCCCUCACCCCCCCACACACGGCAGGCCCGCUCGGCUCCAGCGCCCCCCACAGGGCAGCUCGCCAACUACAACCAACCCCAGGAGGACGCAGAUGCUCGUAUCAGCCUGAGUCAGCUCCUGGCCAGACUUAUCUCUAGGAAAGGCUCUGCCUCCCAGACCAGAUCCUACCUCAGCAGCAGAGCCAGCGGUCUGGCCCCCGGCCACAGGAUAAAGGACAGAGAUUACCAAGGCUGGAUGGACUUUGGACGACGCAGUGCAGAGGAGUAUGAAUACGCCUCCUAAAGGCAUGGCUUGCUCUCGCCGAAACCUACAUCCCCCAUCACCACCAAUAAAAGCCCUCAAAACUAAUGAGCCCUUUUCACACUGCGCUUACUGUAACCAAGGGCUGAGCUGACUGGAGUUUAGCAUCAUAAUGUAUAAACAGAGAGAAGAAAGAUAUUCCAAAGGGCAUAUCGUGCAAUCUGUGGACCCUGAAUCUCCAUGCUGAAGUUAGGAGCACUUUCCAAACCGCUCCUCACACAAUGUCAGAAAUCAAGCACAUAUUUUGAGGAUAAGGUUGACCAUAUUCUAUAUUGUUGUUAUUGUCAGGAAAUCCUAUGAAAAACACCAACAACAGUUGCAUCUCUCAAUACUUCCUGACUCUUCUACCCUUAAAUAAAUCAUUAAAAACAGCUCACAAAUAAAUGGUUUCAUCUAUACAUCAGUAAUUACAGUAAACGUUGGGUAGUUUCUACAGGACGAAAUUAAUGUUUCUGUCAAAAUAAACUACAGAGUGUGUGUUCAUGGUAAAGAAGCAACACAGUGUGACUCAUUGAUGUGUUUGAAUAGUUUAUGGACAACAAUGAAGGUACACACAUGAUAUGUGUUAGACGUUUCAAUGCAUUGUUGGUUUUGGUGUUUUCAUGGGAUUUGUUGACAAUAAGAUAAAAUAUAGAAAAUUAUAUAAUUUAAGACCAUCAGGAGUCAAACACAAAGUUAUGUCAGCUUUUACUGGUGUUAACAGUUUAGCAGACAUAGGCUCUUAGGUCUUGCUCAACUUUGAGCAAUAUGUUUUUUGUUAUGUUUAUUGAAUCGAUGUCAUUUCAAUAGACUUUGAACAAUUGGAAGAGAAAAAAACUAUUAAGCAGAACAUGUUCCUUUAAAUAUACAUUUCAGCCCUAUUCUAAGUGUUUUAGGACUUUGUCACUUUAUGAAGUUAAAGUGUGUAAUAUUUACUGGCAAUUCAGGAUGUAUCAUAUAGGCAUAUAUUGGACCUGAAUGAGCCAUUUAGGUGUCUUUGGCAAAUUGGAUCCAAAGUGGGAUUUAAGUCUGUAUCUUUGAUUCGAACCUUAAUCCAUUCAGCUAACUGCAGCCCAGAGCUUUCAUUCGGUUCAGCUUUACACAAGUGCACUGUAAACAAGUCUCAUAUAAACAUUACAUAACAGUACCAGUAUGGAGUAAGAUUGUCUUUGAAUUUGAAGUAAAGGGGCUAAAAACAGCACCAAUGUUUCCCCCCCAACCCUGCAUGCUGAAGGUAACCCUGGGUUAAACAUGUGCAGUGUGAAAAGCACAAGAUAUGUCUUAUAAAGCAGAAAGGGUUGUCUGCCGUUUAUGAGAUGCUCCGGAGUCAUUGCAUAACGGACGAUCAGGGUUCCAAGUACUGCGGAUAUGAAGAGAAGAGUGUUCUUUUUUCUGAUGUAUGUAUUCGCUCUUAAAGGUUAAGUCUCUGUGAUAAAUAUUGUGUUUCUACCAACUUUCAGAUUCAAUGAAAUUCAAAAUAAAUCUACACUUUCCUCUGA